CGAGGGACCAUGUCGCGUCUCAGCUGGGGUUACGGCGAACACAACGGUCCUAUUCAUUGGAAUAAAUUUUUCCCUAUUGCUGACGGGGAUCAGCAAUCUCCGAUUGAGAUUAAAACCAAAGAAGUGAAAUAUGACUCUUCCCUGCGACCUCUUAGUAUCAAGUAUGAUGCAAACUCAGCCAAAAUCAUCAGUAAUAGUGGCCAUUCCUUCAGCGUUGACUUUGAUGACACAGAGGACAAAUCAGUUCUGCGUGGGGGUCCUCUCUUUGGAAGCUACCGCUUGCGACAGUUUCACCUUCAUUGGGGGUCUUCUGAUGAUCACGGCUCUGAACACGUGGUGGAUGGAGUGAGAUAUGCUGCAGAGCUCCAUGUUGUUCAUUGGAAUUCAGACAAAUACCCCAGCUUUGUUGAGGCAGCUCAUGAGCCAGAUGGACUAGCUGUCUUGGGAGUAUUUUUACAGAUUGGUGAACAUAAUUCUCAGCUGCAAAAGAUUACUGACAUUUUGGAUUCUAUUAAAGAAAAGGGUAAACAAACGCGAUUCACAAAUUUUGACCCAUUAUCUCUGCUUCCUCCGUCCUGGGACUACUGGACAUAUCCUGGUUCCCUUACAGUCCCGCCUCUCCUUGAGAGUGUCACAUGGAUCGUUUUAAAACAACCUAUAAAUAUCAGCUCUCAACAGUUGGCCACAUUCCGCACUCUCCUCUGCACGGCGGAGGGCGAAGCAGCGGCUUUUUUGUUGAGCAAUCACCGCCCGCCACAGCCUCUGAAGGGCCGAAAAGUGAGAGCCUCUUUCCAUUAAAAGUUGUCACCAGCGGACCACCCCAAACAUGUCUGUGGAGAAAAAAACAAAACACAAAAAUCCCUGCAAACAGCUCUUUCCUAGAAUUCUGAUUUACGGGUACCAUUUUGCUCUCAGCUUCAGCACCACAAAGAAGAUCAGAUCUCUGUAAUCAAACUAACAUAACUCAUCCAUCUCAGAUUUGCACUCAUGGGUAUUCAAGCAGUAAACAAUUGUUUGACGUGUGUUGAGACCCACAAAAUGCAUCUACUUCAACUUAUGUGAAAAUAUGACAGGCAUCGCGAAACUUCCGAAUGCAUUAAAAAGUAUCCCUUGCCCUAGAAAUUAAAUCAGUCAUAUCUCUCAGUAAUGUUUGGUCAAAAAAAUUAAAAUCUUUUCCAGAAUGAUAAGAUUGUGAUAUCUUUUUCUACAGAUGAGUGAGUCUGCUUAAUGUCUUGAUAUCAUUCCAAUUAAUUCCUUUUAAAGUGAAUUUUUGUUUUGAUUAUGUUGUUGAUCCCCAUUGCACGGUACCUUUAAUAAAAUGAACGAUAUGGGCAUUAAGGAGGGGUGGGAUAUAACUACUCACUGUGUCUACUCCACAGCUCAAAAUUAAGCCAUCCAAUUUUGUUGGAAAUUCCUCAGGAUAUCAAUGACUGUUUAAUGAAUUAUGCCCUAUAUCACACUCAUGCAGUAAUGUUAAUGAUAAACAGGUUAAUAAUUGACUAGAUGCAGUUCUUGCCAGUUUAUUGACAUGGUUUGAAACUAACAGAUUGGAAGGUACCAAACGGGGGAGCAGCCCAAGGGCAUGAGGAAUAGGUUGCUUACUUUUUCCCUGUGUUUUGGCAACAGAGCAGGGAGCAAUCCUGUGUAGGUCACUGUUGUGUCAAGUGGUGGAAAAUAUUUACUUGGGUCUCAUAUAAAUACACAAUCCAUCCACAAACCCUCCAACCCAUUUCCAUGGCAAAGCCAUCUCCCCUUUUAUACAUGUCCCUAAAUCUCACAAGUAAUUUUUUAAGUUGGCUCUUGAUAAUUCAUUUUAACCUAUUGUCUCUUAUAUAUUUUUGUUUGUUUUUGGUGAAGGAGGAUGGUGAAGGUCCUUUUGCUCUCUCUGGUGCAAGUGGGGUGACACUAUUAACCACAUUUAAGACUUGAACACAUGGGACACUUCUGUCAUCUGAAGGAAGUUUAGCUGAGUUUCCUUGAUUUUGUUAGUUUGUUUCAGACACCAUUCCUCCUCUGGAUGUAGAUUUUGAUAAUUCAAAUUAUUCUGCCAUAGUCUUCUUGAUAGGAUAACUGAGUAUCAGUAAAUUGUGUAAUAAUGCUGUACUUGGUUGCAGAAGAUAACUCCUGAAGUUUAAUGCUGAUACCUUGGGCAUUUUUGUUUUCCCUUACAGCAUCUAGCUUAAGCCUUGCAGGAGAUUGCCAUCUAGGAAAUAUUUAAUGAAUUGAACGUUUUAAAAUGUUUUUGUUUGAUGUCUUUGGUGAUUAUCUUGCUGCUUGUAAUUAAAUGCACUAUGAGUUAAUGUAACAAGUAAAAUAUAAGUUAUCUCUUAAAAAUGGUUUCUUCUUAAAGGAAUAAUUGUUAAAUCUACUUGUGUAACCAGAUGUUUUAAUGGUUUUAAAAAUACCAGUGUUGGAUGGAAAGGUGUUUAUUUAGUUUGGAAAGGCAUGUUGUAAAGUAUCCUAGUAGGAGAAAGAAGUCUGUUUCCUCAGGGAAAGUAUGUCGUUCUGUUUGAAGGGAUGUGUAAUGAGGAUUCUAAUUACUUUGCAUGAGAGUUAUUACUUUGUAAUUUAUGGUUUCUGCUACAGUAUUGCAUCAGUUCUGUGCUAUAAAUUGGACUUUAGUAGACUAAAAAAGUCUACAUAGCACUGAUUAUCUUGAAGACUGUUAAUUUAUUUAUCUCAUAGGGGUGAAAGGUCUAAGUGUAUGCUGAAGUUGUUAUCUCUUAAAAAGAUUAAAGAGUGUAAAUACUAGUACAGAUCUCUUUUGUUUUCCCACAUGUAUUGGAUUUAUGUUCAUUAAACAUUUUGUAUUUCAAUUUAAGUUGGAUUCAAUCACAAUAAA